UAUUAACUCAGAUAUUCAACCAUAGCGACGGAAAACAUACCAAGUGAACAUGGUGACCCAAUUAUUGAUUCAUGGUGUUCUUCUAGCCGUCAUCGGCUAUAUUUUCUAUCAGCUAGUGGUUGUUCGAUAUAUCGAAUACCGGAGAGAUAGUGAAAUUGGGCGCCAGCAUGGCUGCGAGCUCCCUCCAGAGCUUUCCAAACGCUGGCCUCUCGGUAUCGAUCGAAUAAGAGAAUUAUGGACAUAUAAUGCGGAUGGUCGGCUUCUUGCAUUCUUGUGCUCGGUAGCAAAGGAUUACGAGCCUGGGAAUAGCCUUUACCAAUAUCUGCUUUUUGGACCAAGAACUUUUCAUGUUUUACGCCCCGAGAAUGUAGAAGCAAUAUUGUCUACAAACUUCAAAGAUUAUGGCUUUGGCUCAAGGUCAGCUGUUUUUGCCCCGUUACUGGGCAAUGGCAUUUUUACCCAAGAAGGUCCUUCCUGGAAACAUUCUCGGGAACUUCUGCGUAAACAAUUUGCCCGUGUUCAAAGUCGCAAUCUGAUUCAUUUCCACGAGCAUGUUGAUAAUCUGAUAGCCCGCGUGCCGUCAGAUGGAGUCGUCGAUCUCCAACCUCUGUUCUUCGAUUUGACCCUCGACAUGGCGACGGCCCUGUUGUUCGGAAAAUCGGUCUACAGCUUGAGAACAAAAGCUGGUCAGAAUACUAGGAACAAGGCAUUCGCUGAAAACUUUGAUAUGGCGCAGCCUCGAGGGUUUGGCCAAAAGAUUUCGUAUCGCGCCUUGGCAUUUCCUCUACAACCCACCAGAGUUUCGAAAGGCUUAUUGGAUUUAGAUGAGAAUACCUAUCUCGACAAAAAGCCGGAUGGCUUCAUUGAGCAGGUUGCACUGGAGUCUGCAACUAAAGUGAGCCUGCGCGAUCAGCUACUUAACGUGCUUCUUUCUGGAAGAGACACCACGGCCUGUUGCCUGGCAUGGACAUUUCGCUUGCUUGUUCGCCAUGAGCAGGCGAUGUGUCGCCUUAGGAGGGAAGUAUCCUCGAUCAUGGGAGAUUCACCACAUGCCACCCGAGAGCAAAUAAAAAAGAUGCCAUAUCUUGCCUAUGUCAUCAAAGAAAGCUUACGACUCUACCCCCCUGUCCCAUUGAAUAACCGCGAGGCAAUACGGACGACUAUACUACCCACUGGAGGCGGUCCCAACGCAGACAAGCCCAUGCUGAUAAGGAAGGGAGAACUGGUCGUAUUUUCCCAGUACGUCAACUCACGUAAAAAGAAUAUAUACGGGCUUGACGCAGACGAAUUCCGUCCGGAAAGGUGGGAGACUGGGGAACUAGCUCACAUUGGAUGGGCGUAUUUUCCUUUUAAUGGCGGGCCGCGACAGUGCUUGGGCGAGGACUUCGCCCUGAUGGAAGUGUCAUACAUGGUGGUGAGACUUCUGCAGACCUUUCCCACCAUCUCGUUGCCGAAGGGGGAUCUGGUGGAGGCCGUUGGCAGUGAGAGAUAGCGACUCACUCUUGUUCUUUCGAGCGCAGAUGGCUGUCGGGUUGAGGUAGGGUCAUCGUCAUGACAGAUGCUUCUAAGUAAUCUGAGAAAUGCAUUGCAAUCGUGAAAGAAUCAGCGACUGCAAUCCUUGAGCUAUUAGCUGGCCAGCAGUUUUUUCCCUACACAUUGGACCAUUUGUAUUUCAAUGUUCCUUGCAACCUUUUGCAACCUACGGGGCCUGCCGCAGCUGCAGGCGUUGAUUAUAUAUUAAACCGCCAUAUAUUUCUAGGGGUAGUGAGAG